AAACACACAACAGGCUCUUGGGUUUGUCUGGGAGCUUCUCACACACACACCAGCCUCUGGUCUCUGCGCUGAGGACACCCCAGUGUCUGUUGGUGAGAGAGAGCCUGUGUGUCCAAGUUUUCUGUGCUGGAUUUCUCACCGACAAGUCUCCCUAAGCCUCCUCUCCUCAGCUCACUGGGAAGGAACCAUGGCAGACGCAGCAACCAACAUGAGGGUGAAGCUGCCGCUCACCUGCUUCAUCCUGGAGAUCAUCCUCAUCAUCCUUUUUGGUGUGCUGGUGCAGUACGACCACGAGACAGAUGCAAAGGCAUGGCAUGACAGGAAUACAACUCACCAUUCUUCUGAAUAUGACAAUGACUUCUACUACCGCUAUCCAAGUUUCCAGGAUGUGCAUGUGAUGAUCUUCGUUGGUUUCGGCUUCCUCAUGACCUUCCUUCAGCGCUACGGCUUCAGCAGCGUGGGCUUCAACUUCCUCAUCGCAGCUCUCGCCCUGCAGUGGGCCACGCUGAUGCAGGGUUUCUUCCACGGCAUGCACGGAGGGAAGAUCCAUAUUGGGGUGGAGAGUAUGAUCAAUGCUGACUUCUGUACCGGUUCUGUGCUGAUCUCAUUCGGGGCUGUUCUGGGUAAAACCAGCCCCGUCCAGCUGCUGGUCAUGGCCAUGUUUGAGGUCACACUGUUUGCUGUCAAUGAGUUCAUUUUGCUGACCCUUCUCGGCACCAGGGAUGCUGGAGGCUCCAUGACCAUCCACACUUUUGGAGCCUACUUUGGCUUGAUGGUGACUCGAGUCUUGUUCCGGCCCAACUUGGACAAGAGCAAACACAAGAACUGCUCCGUUUACCACUCUGACCUGUUCGCCAUGAUUGGUACCCUUUACCUGUGGAUGUUCUGGCCCAGCUUCAACUCAGCCAUCACAGCUCAUGGAGACGACCAGCACCGCACAGCCAUGAACACCUACUACUCCCUGGCCGCCUGCACCCUCUCCUCCUACGCCAUGUCUGCCCUCACAGCUCACGACGGCAAGCUGGACAUGGUCCACAUUCAAAAUGCUGCCCUGGCUGGAGGAGUGGCCGCAGGAACGGCUGGUGAAAUGAUGCUGACGCCUUUCGGCUCCAUGAUCGUCGGUUUCUUGGCCGGCAUCAUCUCUGUUCUGGGAUUCAAGUACCUCUCACCCGUCCUGGAGUCAAAGCUGAAAAUCCAAGACACCUGCGGGGUUCACAACCUGCACGGCAUGCCCGGGAUCCUGGGAGCCAUCGUGGGAGCCGUCACUGCUGCCCUGGCAACCAGGGACAUUUAUGGAAAUGGUUUGGAAGACGUUUUCCCUGACGUAGCAGAAGGUCGACCUGCAGCCACACAAGGAGGGAUUCAGGCUCUGUCUCUUGCCAUCACGCUGGGCAUCGCUCUGCUGGGAGGGCUGAUCGUUGGUUUCAUUUUGAAGCUGCCCAUGUUUGGAGCACCGAGUGACAGCGCCUGCUUUGAGGACAGCAUCUACUGGGAGGUACCCGGGGAAGAGGAAAGUCACGAGGAACAGCUGACCGCUGUGAGGACAGAAGAGGCUGAGAAGCUCAAUGCUUAAAUGUACAACACAGACCUCCAGAAAGAUGGACACACACGCUGAGGUUUAAAAAUACCAGCAUUUGAGAACCUUCAGGUUACACAAAAAUUACAAUUUGCCCAUAUUGUGCUCUUGUCUGCGGACAUAAUUUAUGGGCAUUUGUUUCGUUACAUGUAAAAACAUUUAAUGUUAUUUUUAUUUUUUUUGAUUGUCUAAACUUGAAAUAUUGUCUUUUGCGAGACAUUGACAACUUCAACCACUAGAGGUCGCUCUGCAGCUAAGUUACUCUUUUUCAAAGCCUGCGAGGCUGCAACAAGAAAAUUAUUGGACUACAACAGAAAAUGUUUUGUAAUUGUCCCACAAUCAAAGACAUGAUACUGAAUUUGAUUUUAAACCAAAGACUAACAUCUCAAUCUUAAUGAUUUAAGUUGGAAACAGAAACUAUUAACGGGUUACAAUUUCAAGUGGGCUAUACUUUUUUUUUAUUGUCUUUAUUCAAAAAUUGAUUUCAUACAUACAUUUGAUGUUUAUGGUUUAUAUAUUAUCUCCUAACACUUCAGGUUUGGGAUUUUCUGCAAUUUGAAUAUUUAAUAUCAACAUAUAAAAAAGAUGCCAUCACGUUAGUUAUGUACAUAUUACAUUAUUAUUUGCAUGUUUGGACCCUUGAGAAAAAGUUAAAUAGAUUUAGAUCGGCCUAGAAUUACAUGAUAAAACAUGAAAGUUGUAGUCACUGUUGUUGUUGGUUGUUUUUAGCAAAAUAAAGUGUUCAAAAGCA